AUGAUUACGAGAUUGGCUACAGUUGCAUCUCUGACAGCUCUAGUCCUGGCCUCUCCGAUCCCAGACAACAGCGACAUCAGUGGGUGCGUCAAUUCAUGGGACUCAUGGGGGAUCGCCUGCCCCAAUCUUGGUCAUCACCUCUUUUGCGACAAUCUGCCAGGAGUCCGCGCUGGGUCGGGAGCCUCCCAAACCCGUAUGAAGCGUCGAAAACAAUUUGAACCUCUCAAUAAAUCUCCUCACAUUCUCCAGACACGCAAGAAUGACGACGGUACAACCUAUUGUCAAGCUCAGACCAAUACCUUUGUCGUCGUCAUAUCCUUUAACGCCGCUAACGCUGCGGUCUCAUCCUUCCUCAGCGCCUGCCUCAACGCCGUCCAAACGAUCAUCAACAACGGCAAUACCGGCCUGAUACCAAAUGAAGGGUGGUAUGGGCCCUUAGGCCGCAAUGGGGUCAGCAUGACCGUUUGGAGUGAAAAUGACUACCAGACCACGUAUGGGGUACUGCAUUCGACGAUACAGGCGUUGAUUGGUUGGAUGUCGAGCAAUGACAAUACGUUUGGGACUGGGAGUUUUACGGUCUGGGAUGGGGACCAUCAGGUUGGGCACGGAAGUAUCAAUGGCUAG